AGCUCCCCAGUCACUAACUAAAAUAACAGUACUUUCAUUUCUUAACGGUCCGUCCAACAACAAAACUGUAAAAAUGGCGACACCCACGUUGUUUCAUCAUCAGCAUUUCCAGCUGAAGUACAACUCCCAACUUCUCCAAAAAAACUCCAAUCUUGAUCAAUGCUCAUCACCUCCAAAAACUCUACUCCUUCUACUACUCCAUGACUUUACUCUUCUCUGCCCAUUCAACAAACACUUGCAAAUAUGAACACCCUUUUCAAUCUUUCAUUUUUCCAUCUUCUUCCCUUCAUAUUGUUCCUCAAAUCUGCAUCUGGGUUUGGUUCAAUGGGACCUAUUUCAGCUGCUUUUGGUAAAAAUGGUUUCUUUUGUGCUAUUGAUGCUAGUGGCAAACAAGAUGUAAUUUGUUGGGGAAAUAAAACCAAUUCCUCUGCUGCAGUACCCAACUCCUCUAGUGAUGUUCCACCUAUGGCUGCUCUCUCUGGUGGUGAUGGUUUUCUUUGUGGCAUUUUAGCAAACACUUCACAGGCAUUUUGUUGGGACUCUUUAGGAUCGAGGUCUGAUCUUGUUCCUACUCUGUUUAAAUCUAAUGCUUACUCACAUAUUGCUGCUGGUAGAAGUCAUGUGUGUGCUAUUAGGGGACCUUAUUAUUCAGAAAGUGAUUGGGGUAGUGUUGAUUGUUGGGAUAUUAUUCGAAAAUCGAAUGAUAAUGAUACUUUUAUAUCAAGGGAGAGUUCUUUGUUCUACAAUCAGUAUACUAACUCAGCAGCUUUUAAAAAGAUAGUUUCUGGAGAUGGGUUUAGUUGUGGGGGUGUUAGGGAUGGAGGGAUCUUUUGUUGGGGUCCAAAUUCAAGUGGCCUUGGAAUUUCGAGCAUAUCGGAGAAUGUUCAUGUUUUAACUGCAGGGAUUGAUUCUGUUUGUGGGGUUUUAGAAGAGUCUAAUGAGGUCAAAUGUUGGGGUGGUAAUAAUGCCUCGUUUGGUAGUCCUCCGGUGGGGGUGCCAUUCGUGUCGUUAGCAGCUGGUGUGCAUCACUUUUGUGGGAUUCGAAAAGAUAAUCAUGGGAUUCAAUGCUGGGGAAACUAUAAUUCAUCUUUGAUUCCAAAAGGAUCAGGCUUUCUUGCUAUUGCUUCCUCUGAUUUUAUCACUUGUGGUAUUAGGGAAAGCGAUUUAGUUCUUGAUUGCUGGUAUACAAAUGUUUCAUCGCAAGUAGAUUAUGAUCCGCCGUUGCAGCUGUGUAGUCCGGGAUUGUGUACUCCUACUAGUUCUUGUGGGGAAGGAAAAUUUUCUUUUAAUGCAAGCCUUUUGAAUGAGCCUGAUUUGAUAAAUCUGUGUGUUAGGAAAGAUCUAAAGAUUUGUUCACCUUGUGGGGCGAAUUGUUCUGAAGGAUUCUUCCCUUCUAGUUCUUGUACUGAAAAUGCAGACAGGGUAUGUACUCCUUGCUCUCUUUGCCAGAAUAGCUCUUGUUCGGAUGUUUGCAGGCUCCAAAACUCGGAAAUGAUGAAGCAUCAGCAUCAGCAUCAAUUGCGUCAACUACUGCUCAUAGUCGGGUCUUCUGCUUUGGGUUUCUUGUUAUGUUUAGUUGGGUUAUGUUUGUUAAUCCGCAUGAUAGGCAGCAGAACUAAACAAGGUGGAAAGAACCAAUUUGCCUCAUGUAUUCGCAAGCCUGAGAAGGAAACUGAUGCAAAUACCGACCCUCAUCCUCCUGUGUCAGUGUCACCGUGUCCAGGUGAAGCUCAGGUUUUCCGACUCUCAGAGUUGAAAGAUGCCACUAACGGGUUCAAGGAGUUCAACGAACUUGGAAGGGGAAGUUAUGGCUUUGUUUAUAAAGCUGUUCUGGCCGAUGGGAGGCAAGUAGCAGUAAAGAGAGCCAAUGCUGCUACGAUUAUACACACCAACAGCCGAGAAUUUGAGAUGGAGCUAGAGAUCCUCUGCAGUGUUCGCCACAGCAGUAUAGUUAAUUUGUUAGGUUAUUGUGCAGAAAUGGGGGAGCAGAUUCUUGUUUACGAACUCAUGCCUCACGGAACGCUUCACGACCACCUCCACGGCGGUCUUUCUCCUCUGAGCUGGAACCUUAGGCUGAAGAUUGCGAUGCAGGCUGCAAAGGGGCUCGAGUACCUUCACAAGGAAGUUUCUCCUCCUAUUGUGCACCGUGAUGUGAAGAGUUCGAACAUUCUCUUGGACGCUGAUUGGGGAGCUCGUAUUGCAGAUUUUGGAUUGCUUACACCUAAUGAGAAGGAUCUUAAUGGAGAUGUGACGACUGAUGUCUAUAACUUUGGAAUCGUGCUGCUAGAGAUUCUUAGUGGAAGAAAAGCCUAUGACCGGGAUUGCACACCUCCAAGUAUUAUUGACUGGGCACUGCCUCUGAUCAGACAAGGCAAAGCAGCUGUCAUCAUAGAUCGUUAUGUUGCUCUUCCAAGAAAUGUCGAACCUCUACUUAAACUUGCUGAAAUUGCAGAGCAGGCAUUACGGGAAAAUCCUGCUGAGCGCCCUGAUAUGUCGCAGUUGGCCCUUCUGUUAGAGCAGCUAGUGAAGGAUGUAAUGAUAUCAUAGCCUUCCUGUCGGAGUCUUUAUAUUAAUUUUUUGGUGGAUUGAAAUUUUUCAGAAAACAAUCAGAGGAUAGCAUAUUGGUGAGUAACGCUCUUCUGCAAUUGUACAUUUCUACGAGCUGCUUGUAAAUUUUGUGCUUAUAUUUUUUGUUUGCCACAUUCUUGGACAAAUGUCAACAAUAAGUUUUUAACA